AUGCUCUGUCUUCAAUACCUCGCGCCCAUCGCUUUUGGCCUUUUCAGUCUUGCUUCGGCAGCUGAUAAUUCGUCUACGACCGUGCCAAUCCCGCCAAGCCUUGAUCCGUGGUACACUGCACCUCAAGGCUGGAAAUGCAAGCCAGCUGGCACACCUCUGAGGGUAAGGCCUGCCCCAGGUAAUAUUUCGGCCGUAGUGAAUGGCGCUGCGAGUGCGUACAAUGUCAUGUAUCGCACCUCAAACAGCCAUUACGAACCUUCCUGGGCCGUGACGACGCUCUUAGUUCCACAGACGCCAAACCCGAAAGCCCUGCUCAGUUAUCAGAUUGCAUAUGACACCCACUAUCUUGACGACAGCCCUAGCUACACCAUCUACACUGGCCUUACUACUGACGCGAUGGCUUGGGAGUUAAUCCUCGCAUCCGGCCUGUUCAUCAAUUUGCCAGACUACGAAGGUCCGACCUGUAGCUUUGGGGCUGGCAUUACCUCCGGGCUCGCCACCAUCGACUCCAUCCGCGCACUCCUCAGCCUCAGCGACGAGCUCGGCCUUGCUGCUGACGCACAAUAUGCCAUGUGGGGUUACUCGGGAGGUGCCCUGGCCUCACAAUGGGCGGCAGAGUUGCAAGAAGCCUAUGCGCCGGAGAUGAACUUCGCUGGCAUGGCCAUCGGUGGUGUCCCAAUCAACGCGACGAGUGUUAUCCGCGACCUUUCGGGCACGCCGCCGGCUGGGCUGGCAUUCUCGGCCAUCUGGGGGCUCACAAGCCAGUACCCCGGCUCCUGGGACGAGUUGCUCAAGCGUAUGAAGACGGAGGGUCCGAUGAACGUCACCGGAUGGACCGAGGCCGUCAAGAAAUCAGUCACAGAGACUGCCGCCAUCUUUGCGAACCAAGACCUCUCAGAGUACUUUACGAACGGGUUCGACUUUCUCUCCGAGACGCUUUUCUCGACGAUCUUCUACAGGGACGGCACGCUGGGUCAUUCUGGCACGCCCAAGAUGCCCGUCUACGCGUACAAGGCUAUUCAAGAUGAGAUUAACCCGAUUGCAGAGCUGGACGAGGUUAUUGAUCAGUACUGCCUCGACGGGGCUAAUAUACUGUAUGAGCGGAACACCAUUGGUGACCAUGCGGCAGAAGGGCUGAACGGGGCCUAUCCUGCACUCUUUUGGCUCCAGAGUGUAUUCGCAGGCACGUACGGUUCUACGUAUAACACUACUGGCUGUACAAUUAGGAAUGUUACCACCAGCUACUCGGACUUUAGUGCCUAA